CCGUGGGCUCCCAGCGUCCGGGCGGGAAGAAGCGAGGGAACUCCUGGCUGGGCCUAGAGGACCUUGAGGGAUUGGGGCCGCGGGGCUGGGAGUAGGGGCGAUGCCUGGGAUCGCGGUACAGUUGGCGCCGCUGAGAUCCGACCACGAGGAUCCGGAGAGGCCAGGGGCCUGCAGACAAGGUCUGGGGUCGUGUCGGGUGAGAACAUACGGGGCGAACGAGCAGAUGAAGCGGAAGCUGACGGACAGAAUGAAUCCCUGCCGACCGGGCAAGACCCACUGAUGGGCGAGUGAUGAGAGAUCUGUGAAGGGGGGCUGGGGCCGGCUUGGGGAGCAGGGAGCCGGUAGCCAGGAGCGUCCCGGAGCAUGCUCACUUGAGAGCGGGGGCUGAGCGGUGGGUCAGGAGGGAUAGGCAGGGGAGGACUCUGGCCUUGGAGUCCUGACAAGGUCACAGGAAGCGAGAGAGGAGGAAGGUCGAAAGAUUGAAGGGACGGCGAAAAACAGAGGUAGUCCGCCGUCUGCCUCCUCUCCCCAAGCCGUGCUUCCAACCACCCUUUGCGCCUUGACCUACCUGGCGAAGGUACGAGGGCCUCGGGCCCUGAAUGAAGCAUCCCUGGCGGAGUUAAAAUUUAUUCUUGAAAGUAAGCCUGGGGAUGGGAAAUUACAAAGCAGGGUAUGAGCUUAGAAGUGGGAGCAGCCGGAAUGGCUUGAGCAGUGUUACUGCUAGUCUUCCUCUCCUGACUACCCCGGGUGAAUGCAGCUAUUUUCCUCUUCAGGGUAAUCCCUACCGAAGGCAUCUAGGCUUCCGGAAGUACCCAGGCACUUUGGAGUAAGACCGGUUUGAAUGAAAAGUUCUGGCAGAUGGAAGUAGUACCGUUCUCCAGCAUGACAAACAUGUUUGGAGCAGUGUAGACCAGGAGUCGCUAUGAGUUGGAAUCGAGUCCAUGACAACGGGUUUUUGGUUUAGACUAGGGGUCUCUUACUUUGGUGUGCACCAGAAUCACUUGAUGGCGCUUCUUAAAAUACUGGUUCCAAGAGCCCUGCCCAGACCGUGUGAAUCAGAAUCUCCAGGGUGGGGCCUCGGCAGCCAUUAUAAACAAACUUGACAGGAAGAUUCUUCAACCAAUCGCCAUGUCAUCCAACGCAGAUGUUUCUCUUCCUUCAUAUGAUGAAGAUCAGGGAUCCAAACUUAUCCGAAAAGCUAAAGAUGCACCAUUUGUCCCCAUUGGAGUGGCGGGUUUUGCAGCCAUCGUUGCGUAUGGAUUAUACAAAUUGAAGAGCAGGGGAAGUACUAAAAUGUCUGUCCACCUGAUCCACAUGCGAGUGGCAGCCCAAGGCUUUGUUGUGGGAGCAAUGACUGUUGGUAUGGGCUAUUCCUUGUAUAAGGAAUACUGGGCAAAACCUAAGCCUUAGAAGAAGAGAUGCUAUCUUCAUCUUGUUAGCUUUGCUUGAUUAGACGCCUCAUUUCGAAGUUACGUGUUUAUGUUGAAAAUAAAUCAUUUAAGUGCGUUCAGACAAGGAUGCAGUAUUUUGAAUAUAGGCUUUCUUUAUUGCAGGCUUGACUAGCCUAGUGACCAAAUUGCUAGUGCCUAGGUCACUAACUAGGUCAUCAGGGGAGUCAAGUUAGCAAAAAGAAACCUGCCACCCAAAUUCACUUGACAGUGAUAAAAUGCCCACAUUCUUAAACUUUUAGGAUGAAAUUCUAAAAAAGACAGCCGGCCAGUACCGAAGUACUUCCAGUUGCUUUGGAUGUCAUGUGAGAGUGCUAUGUACGCCUUUUUCUGCCUGCCUUGUAGACUCGUUGAGUACCUCAGUUUCUAGGGCUGGUUGACUCUUGACGAACCCUUUCAGCAAAGUAGAUGAAGUAGAACAUAUUGUCCCCUACAACUGAAAAUGUUUGCGUGUUUAAAUUAAAUCUAAAGAGCUAGUAACAGCUGCUUAGUAGUAGUAUUUAUCUUAGAAUCAUACACAUGAGAAUAACUUAAUUAUGGAUUCCAGUUUAACUCUUUUGUAAUCACAGAAUUAUAUUUUUGCCGCUGUCAUGUUAGAAUAAUUUUUAAAUGUCAUCUUGAAAUAGAAAUGUGUAUUUUAAUUGCUAAUCCAAAAGUAAAUGAAGAGCACUUUUUAAAUGUAUGCAGUCUUUUUGUUUUCUCUGUAAGAAUCAUAAAUGUUAAACACAACCUAUAUUGGAGGUGAUUAAUGAUUUCAUGAGCUAGCUGGUUUGGUCAAACAUCAUAACUUAGAGAUACUACAGAAUGCACUUGUGAAAUUCACCUGUCUAAACCCAAGCUUACAUUCCAUGGUACUAACGCGGUAUAUAUAUUGUCAUUAAAGUAAAUGAACAUAUCAAA